AUGACCGUUGUCGCACAACUAACUCUUGUCCUGCCAGCGACAAUAGCAUUGGUAGAGUCAUGCCUCGCCGCCCCUCCCCAGAUCGUUGUCAGUUUUGUCGCCGAAGAAAGAAAAAGCAAGGCAAAGAUCGAAUGCGUUUACGCCAUACCGCCGCCGCCAACCUCUACGGAUGCGAUAGGGCCAUCGUCAGCGCAAAAGUCGCUGAAGCCGCGACCCAAGGCGAAGAAGACGUCCGAAACCCUUCGGAGGAGCGAUGGAACGCGCAGCAGCUUCGAAGCGACACCUGAGACGGCAGUGACCAACCGAGGGUCCCUGCCGGCGAAUGAUUCCACACCAUCAUCGCGGCCGUCUGUCGAGCUCGCCACGAGAUCAAAAGAUCCGGAACCGCGCUUAUCCGGCGUCGUCGACUCCUCGGCGGCGUCGCAGCAGAGCCUCUCGAUGAGCGACGCUGACGACAUAUCCGACACCUCCGCCGCCGCCGCCGCCGCCGCCGCCGCCGCCGCCGCCGUCGCCUCCCCGCCGCGACCCCAGCUUCUCCUCCCGUACACCUCGCCGCACAUCGACUGGCCGCAGGCGCGCGUCCUGCGCGUCCUCGACAAUAUCCUGCAGUGGGACUGCGUCGCCCUCUGCCUCGUCGACCGCGAGCGCUUCAAGCUGCACCUACAAUCCGGCCCCAGCACCGGCGCCGCGCACUGCACGCCGGCGCUCGUGGACGCGCUGCUGGCGCUCUCCGUGGUCGUCUUCCGCCACAACGUCGUGGACGAGGUGGCCAACCGCGCCACCGGCAAGCCCGCCUGGGACGUGCUCAGCGCCGCGCUCGCCAACGAGGCCGUCCGCGCGCUGCACCGCGGCGGCACCUGGCCGCCCGAGGCCGUCCCGGACGCCCAGGCGCUCGGCGUGCUGGCGCUGUACUGCGCGUGCCGCGGCUGGCGCGAGGAGACGCGCAACUUUGCGAUGGACUUUGCCGAGGCGAUACGAAAGUACUGCGUGCAGAACGCGGGGCGAACGGGGGUGGAGGUGCCGGCGGCGACGCGCCGCAUCACGGCCAGCACGUACUGCGGCGCGAUAUCGAUGAACCGGAUGUUGAUUCAAAUACAGAGAUGUAGGCCCGGCUUGCCGAGCACGCCUUCCGAGAAUACGAAUCCCAACGAGGCAUGCGACAGCCAAAGCUGGACGGAGCACCUGCUGCGGCCAAUAAUAGGUCAGCAAGACACGGACAACAAGCAAGCCGAGAGCCUAACCCUUGUCAAAGCAAACGAACUCGUCGUCGCCAACUCGGAGCUGCGCGGAGACGAGAUGUACCUGGUCGCCGCCGAGCUCUAUCAACUAAUCGAACAAGUCUUCCGGACAUGCUGCGUGCCCGAAAAAGACCGCACCUUUGCCGAGGCCACCGUGACGUACAUUAAAGGCCUCGAGUGGUAUCAAAACUUCUUCCACACGUAUUACCACUUUUGCAUCCUCAGCCUGUUCACGCCGUACAUGAUGGACGAGACCGUGGUCGGCAACGGCGGGAGCCCGCCGGGCAAGAUCUGCGAGGAGGCGGCCAACAGCAUCCUGAAGCUGAUGCGCCACCACGAGUCCUUGGCGGGCGAGACCGAGGCCGUCGGCUUCAUGCAUUCGUUCAAGAGUGCCGCGCUUGAGUUCCUGGAUAUUUAUAAACAAGUUCAAUAG